AUGAACACGCUGCGGUUCUCGGGCUCGCCGGAGCAUCCUUCCAGGACAGCCCAGCUUCCCUCCCGUCCCUCCUUCGACGACGAAUUGGGCGCCACAGCCUCGUCGGGAAGCGAUGCAUCUUCACUUGCAUCCAACGUGACGACCGUCUCGGCCGUCAAUACCAACAACAACAGCACCAGCAACAUUCCCGGCACAGCCACCGCGUCCCGACCCCCUCGAACCUCCUCGAUAACGACCACCAGCACCACCAGCAGCAAUACCUCGUCGACCGCCAACCCCUCUGUGCGACCGGUUGCCAGCAUGCCGCAGAAUGAGCCGUUGGGUCGCAAGCCCACCACCUUAGGGCGAGAGAGAGCCGAGAUCCAACGGCAUCGGUCUCGACAUCAUUCCCAAGGGUUUUUCGAACCGUCGCUCCCGACAGCCUCGUCGACAGAUGCUACGCUUUCCGCGUCAAGGAUCGCCGCUCAGGCGGCGAUGCAGCAGCAACAACAACAGCAGCAGCAGCAGCAGCAGCAGUCGUCUGGCCAACAUCCACCGAGACGGCCGCAGGCGAUCUCCCAGGAAUCGGAAGAUAAUCUAUCGAGGAACAGAAGAACAGGCAGUGACUCGCCUCCUCCCCCGCCGCCCCCGCCGUUACUAGCUGCGCCGAACCUCAUACCGGGGCCGUCACAUCAGAAUGGGCUAGUUGGAGGAAAUACAAAUGUCGCUACGACGGCGGCCAAUGUCGCAUUCCCCAGGAGUCCCGGGUUACAGCCUCCGGGGAUGCCUGGGGAGCCGGUCCCUGAGAAAGAACAGAAGCAGAAGGGCGAGAAGAAAAAGAGGUUAUUCUCGAAGCCUAAGCAUAUUGGGAUUAGUCGGGACAAGGAUCCCUUCAAGGAUCGGGGUAUGCCAUCGCCGAGCAAGAUGAGCUUUGCUAGUGCCAGUGGGUUGUCGAGGAUUGUUAGCACAUCGACGCCUGCUUUACCUGAUACGCCAGUGUUGCCGUCGAAUAACCCGUCAAUGUACAAUUUGUCGAAUGGGUCUGCAUCCACGGUUGUACCGGCGGAUAAGCCAGCGUCCGGUGAGGAGAAGAAGGACAAGGAGAAGGAGAAGGAUAAAGACAAGGAGAAGGACAAGGAUAAGGAGAAACAUAAGCAUCACUUCUUGUCACGACAGAAGCUGAAGCUGAAGGAUCGCGUGGACGAACAUCGCCAUCUGCCCUUGUCGUCGGCAUGGAGUAAUUCGAAGCCUUCGGAUCCGAACGCACCUCAAUCGCUCUACUCGUUUGUUCCCCAGUCACCUGGUACUGUCUCUACUACAUUCGGUAAGUCAGUCAGUGGCCUAGAUAUUCUCCAUGGAGGACGGGCUCUACGCGAGAAGAAAAAGGAAGAAAAGGCAUUGGCGGAAUCAGAGCUGGUUGACGGGCUUGUAAAUGCAACAGGCAGUAAUGGCACUCCCACUGUGUUUCCUGGCCCUUCGUCUCUUGGGAGCUCGACGGGGAUUCUUGCAGAAGCUGCUCUCAGAGAGACGCUGCAGGGGUUUGGUUUGAACAACAUGACCCCCGAAGAUGCAUGGGACUUUUUGAAGGCGAAGCUCCUGGUCAUCUUUGAUGGGGAGGAUGUGCGGAUUGCGAUUGAGGAUCUGAACAAAUUGGUUCUGAUCCACAUCCAACGAUGUGUGCAAAAACGCACGCCGACUGCGAUAAUCGACGACUUGCGCGAACUGCUGGAUACAGGAUUCGCGUCGUUGAACCACAACUUGAGCGGUGUUCCGGAUGAGAAGCUGGUUCCUCAUCUGGUACAGAUAUGGAUGCUCACGUUCGGCACGAUCUUGCCGUUCAUCCAAGCGGUCUUUCUUCCUCUGGACCUGGAGUUCAAGGGAUGCGGAUCUGUAAUGAGCUUACGGGAAGCCAACGAGUUCUGGAGCGGGACAUCUACAAAUGGGUUACCGUUUGGUCCGCCAGGAGGCGCGCUGGAAGUUCGCAACCUCGUCUUGACCGCGUUCCGUGACAUGGUGAUUAUCUGUCGGUACGAGAGCCUGCUCAACACAUUCUCCCGAUUGAGUCUGGACAGCAUGAACCUGGGAAACUCAGGCCUCAGCGUCACAACAACAAAGAGCAGCACCAAUAGCGGACGCCCCGGGACAGCAACAUCGCUAGACGGAGGAUUCGGAAGCUACAGUUCUCAGUCAUCGACACUCCUCAACGCCGCCGCCGGCAGCUACUCCUCCGACUCAAUGAGCAUGAGCGACAACCGCAGCCGCGCAGCAUCAAACACAUCUUCGAACCCAGACCAGUUAAUCUUCCAAUCCUUCUCCUCCCCCGCCCCACGACCGACCAUAAUCCACCGCUCAUCCUCCUCAGCACCAGACACCUCCCACCUCAUCACCGAGACAGUAGGCCGCAUGCUCCAAUGCGUCAGCGUGCUCGCCAGCGUGCAAACCGGCGACGAGCCACAGGAACGAAUCGAAGUGCUCAGCAAAGCCCUCAAACACAACUGGCUCGGCCGAGGCCGAACAGGACGGGAUCGGCGGGGGUUCGUGGGGGCCAAGGUCCGGCCAACCGCCGUGGCAAGGACUAACAGUGAUGAUUCUACGAAAGAUGCGAGACUUGGCGAAUUGGGAUUGGGCAUGCAGGGUCGGCGUCGGGAAAUGGUUAUUUGA